GACCGGCAGAUAUUUGAAACGGUACGCUCCUACUCAAUAUCGAGACAAGAACAGCUGAAGAUGCCAUGCAACACCCCAAAGAAAAGCAAAAGCAGCAAACAUCGUUCCAUUCCAAGUCGUCAUGCUGAUGACCGCGCACAGUCUAGGUAUCAGAAUGCUGGGAAAGAAACCCAGACAGAUCAGGAGGAUGCGUACGUGGAACCCAUCUCCGUAGAUUAUUACAACUGCAGAAAAUUCUUAAGGCCACCCAGCGAGGACUCUUCACAGUCUUAUCAAAAUGUUGUUGGGCCGUCGAAGAGCACCGGGUGCGGCUUCCCAGAGAUGGCUGUCUAUGAAAACAGUGCCGCUGUCAAGUUAUGGCAAACCCCGCCUGAGUCAGGAAGCUCCAGUGAUGAUGAUGAGCCGGAUUAUGUCAAUGCCGGGCCUGGCUGCGUGCCAAAAAGCGGGUUUCCUGCUUAAGAAUUGGGAAAGAAUGACUCAACAGCCGCCAGGAUCUCAUCGAUCUUCCCCGAUGAGACUAUUGAUGCCGUUCAGGAUUUCUUUGUCUUCUGCCGCCUCUUUCACACUGACCGGCAACUCUGAGGAGAUACUCUGACCUCAAGAGCAGGACUCCACUCCAAAAUCAACCAGAA